AUGGUUGUUCAAGGAUUGCUCGCGAUCUUGCUUGUAUUUGGUUUGGUGGGGGUCGUCGCCCAACAUCCGGGCUGCACCACCCCGCCAGCACCGUUCGACAACAGUACAUGCCCUGCAACGGCUUCACCGAGAGUUAUGGAACCCGUGAACCUUAGCAUCGCCAAGUGGAUUUGGACUGGAGAAAAUGCCGUACCUCGGGGAGACAAUCCAACAGGCCCCCGUGCCUUCCGCAAGAACUUUACCUCUGCUUGUGGUAAAUGUGCGAUCAGUGCCAAGAUCCUAAUUGCGGCGGAUAAUGAGUACAAGUUAUUUGUGAACGGCCAUGCUGCUGGCUCAGGUUCUAGCUUCACCAACGCCGAUGUAUACUACACCGCCCUCGAGCCAGCUUCGAAUCUCUUCGCGAUCGAAGCUACGAAUACCGGCGGCCCAGCCGGGCUCAUCGCCGCGAUCCUCGUUCAGUACUCAGACGGUUCCUCCGAAGCUGUCAUUACGGACGAAACAUGGCGAACAGUCCUCAGCUCCCCAAAGGACUUCCAACUACCCACAGUAGAUGAUCGCACAUGGUCGUUCGCCGCUUUCCAGGGCCAAAGCGGUGUCGCGCCAUGGGGGAAGACGGUCAUCCCACAAGCUCUGGAUAUCGCGAACUCUUCGUUCAUUUGGGUGGGGAAGCAAAAUAAUGGGACAGGACAAACUUCGAAGGGGUCCAGGGCUUUCCGCAAGACUAUUGUAACACCUGGUUGCACGAAACGGGCGGUAGCGGCGAAUGUACUCUUGAAUGUUGACAACGAACUCGCGUUCUUCGUCAACGGCCAGAAAGUCGAAUGGCGUCAGCAUUGGUGGAUCGGGCGAGCAUACUAUAUCCCCAGACCCACUCUCCGUCCAGACGUAAAUGUAUUCGCUGUCAACGGCACCAACGGUGGUGGUCCAGCAUCUGUCAUUGCAACUAUCCACAUUUCAUACGACGACGGAACAUUCGACAUCAUCAGGACGGAUGAAACCUGGAAGGCAAGCUUAACCGUUCCAAACGACUUCGCGAAUCCCACUUUGGACGACUCCACCUGGACAAACGCGACGAACUUGGGAUUCUGGGGCAGAAAGCCUUGGAGACAAAUAAAAUUCCCUAAAGCGUAG